CAGGCUGCUAGAACCAUCAGCAGAGCUACGAGCAGCUAUCUACUCUGGGCCUAGUCGCGGUCGCACAGUAUCCCGGCUCAUCUUGUUGCUCGAGAGCGAUGGUAGCUGGUUGUAUCGGAGAAUUAUCCAACUUGUCGCCAUGAGGCUCAUCGCCUGCGGGUUGGGGCUGAUGUUGUUCCCUUGUCUCGUAUCCGCAACAGAAUUACUGGGGGAGUCCGAGUGUUUCCGGCGAAUAUACUCUCCCGUUAUUACAUUGAUGUCGCAAAUUUGGUGGGAUCAUUGGGACGCUGUAGCAAGACCAAGUUGA